CAGGCCAACAUGAGGACGCCUCUGCAGCUCUGGAUGCUCCUGUGUCUCGCCACCGGAGGCUCCGCUCGCGCCCUGGAUGGAUCGUUGCUGAGGGACUCCGCCGGCUCCGAGGGCCACAGGUGCUCGGAGCUGGCGGCGCCCUGGCUGGAGAGCAGCGAGCCGCCCCGGGACGGAGCCGCGGGGCUGCGGCUGAGGCUGCGGCCCUGGGCCCCGGGAGCCUCCCGCGGCGCCGUGUUCCCCGGGAAGAGUCUGUUCAGCUUCGUGAGGAGAGUCUACCACUGCUGUCAGCGGGGCGGAGGCUGCAGGAGCCUGAAGGGGCUCCAGGGACGCCGGAGAGGAGAUUCAGACGUGGAGUUCCUCCUCACCGGGGAGAUCUACUCCAUGACGGUGGUGCGAGCCGAGCUCCACCUCCAGCUUUCCAACCCCCAUCACCUGGAGGUCCGACCGUCGCUUCCCGCCAUGGCCAAGAGAAACCUUCCCACAAGAUAUAAUUUGGGAUCCCGGGACAACUCAGUGGACCUGCGUGUGGAUCUGCUCUUCCUCUUCCAGAAUCUCCAGGAGGCCGCGGGCCUGGAAGGCGGCGGAGGCCACGGCCUGGUGCACAUACGCCAGGACCCCAGCAGGAGGCAUGUCCUGGGAAAGCAGUCCUCUGAGCGGGCCGUGGAGGACCCUGCUGCUGAUGUUUGGAGGGAACUUGGUCUGGCGCUGAACUGCAGUCUGAACGGAGACGAGGUCUCCUGCCAGACAAGCGGCGUCCACCUUCUUCACGCGCCCUUCAUCGCCCUCUAUUACGCGUAGCCGCCAAUCUUGGCGCCGCUGACUUGAUGCACUUCAACAUAAAAUCUAUUAAUUUAUCAUCCUAUUUUAAACAUAUAAAUUUAUAUAUAUACUAAUAUGUACGUUUGUCAAUAAGAUAUAUAGCAGGAGAUUUGUUAUUAAAGUUCAACUGAAUAUGGAGUGAAGUUGGCUUGUUUGUUCAGCAGUUUGGACUCACUGCUGAUACCAGGGUCUAUUUACGCUGUCGUCACAGUUGGGGACCAAAACUGAGCACCUGGACAAACAGAGCCGUCGUGACACACUGCAGAGAGAUUGUCAGUGUCUCAUGAAGGUUCAAACAACC